CACUACAUUUUGUUGAUUUCGUAUUGAAAAAUUCUAGGUUGAAUACUUAAAAACAUUACACUCUUUCAGUUAAUAUUGAAAUUAUUAAUAUUAGACAUGGCAAGAUACAAAAAAUACGGCAAAAACCAAGGCUACUGCUAUCCAACGCCAUAGCCGUGGAACUGUAGGCCGACCACCUUGUAGGUAAUAUCAGUUUAACCUAAGUGCAAUCUGAUGCCGUAGCACAAAUUAGUGAGGUUGCUAUUGAUGGUAAUAAAACGAGCCAUGAAUCAAUAGUUGAACAUAUGUCAUUCAAUAACAACACUACAAAUGGUUACAGUAAAUAACUGAGAAAAAAACGUAUUUUAUGAAAAAUAUUUUUAAAUGAUUAAAAAUGUGUAGAUAGUCAAUUGAUUUACAAUGAAAAUAUUGAAGUCAUCAUGGGAAAUGAUUUUGAUUGUAUGUAUUUUGUAUAAUUAAAGGAAAAUUUAACACUCUGGAAACUUCUAGUACUGAUCUAUCCAAAAAUUCAUCUCAACAUGCAUCAUGUCAUACUUUAUUCACAGACAAAUCACCUUCUCCAGUGAACAAAAGUAAUCAUAUAAAUUUCAUAGAAUCACUAUAAAUGUCUUAAAACUAAUCAUUUGUUUUAUAAUUGUAAGAAAGAAAUUAAUUAAUAGGAAAGAUGCAAAAAGCAUUGAUUUAGUCAAACGCCCAACUUGUGGUAUAUUCUCUGAUGAACCACCUUCUCCAGUAAACAAAAGUAACAUUUAACUAUAAUCCUAUUUUGUAAUGUGCUGUCAUACUGAUAUCAGUUACUACAACUAAAUCUUGUUAAAUAAAUGUUUUAUUAUUAUUUGUUUUGGUAUAUUUAUAGGGAUAAAGAAGAAGCAAUUUAGUGCAUUGAUGAAAAGUAUUUUAGAAAUUAAAGCUCAGAAUUGUCUUAUCAUCUCCAACCAAGAGCGUAUUUUCAAUCAAUUAGCAGUCAAUGAUUGUAAUAAUUGCCUUGGUAAUUCACUUGAAAAAGAAUAUUCUAUUAAUCACAAAAAAUGUCCAUUAAAAAACAACGAUGAUCUUGAUUAUAUUGAAGGCCUUUUGAAAGAUGAUUUAUUUUACCAAUACUUAUCGAAAAUUAUUUCAAUGUACGUUGGAUCAGAUAUUGGUACUUUUGUCAAAAAUUGUUUGGACAGUUUAUUCACGAACUCUGUGAGAACAAAUAUUACAAUUACUGGAAAAAUAAAUAAAUGUUUUGGAAAUGAACCAAAACUGUCAAUGAAAACCUUGAAAUUAUUUAAUGUUAUUUGUGAAUCUGGAAGAAAUAAAUUUCCUAACAACUACACACAUGAUAUUGUUAUUAAAACAACAAGUAGUUGGCUACGUCAUUCCAAAGAAAGGCUGAAAAGGAAAGAGGCUAAUGCCUAAGAAGUUUUAGUUAAUAGUUAUUUAUUAUUCUUAAAGUACUUAAAGGUAUAAAGUAUUUGGUUUUUUUUAAAUUUAAGUGUUAUAGUCAUACAGAA